AUGGCAGGGACUACUGGGUUUUCUCAACAGGAUGUUGAGCGAUAUCCCGCCGUUCUGCCCGAUCCGGAGCAGGCCCAACGGGAGGCCAUUGCAAGACAAGAGGGCGAGGACCUCCUCUUUGAUACCCCGCAUACGAUGCAAGAGGCAGAGGACACGGAAAUAGAAGAUUCUGAAGAAGACCGCACUCCUGCGGUCGCUGCCCGGCCCAACCGGAAGGUCACGAAACCGGCCAAGAUAGCAAGCCAAAGCAGGCCCGGCCGGGAGGUCCGUCGAAGGCGUCACGAGCAGGUUUGUCCUCCCGGCGACGGGCGGUCAAUUUCGAGGCUCCAGUGCAGGGAGAAGUCGCACAGCUCGAUGCCACUCAGCGCGACAUAA